UAUUGUAUGAAAUGACAUGUUCUACAUCCUCUGGUUGAGUCCUAAGAAGAAUCUAUGGAAUGUAAAUAAACUCUACUCUAUCGCAGAAAUAUGAAUCAUAGUUAGGCAGCUCUUGAAACAGGAAUUAAAAGCAGGCGUGCUGUUAUGAGUUUAACUUUGCGCCGCUGGAGAGCGGUAUUUUCGCAACGAAACAGAAAUUUGAACAUUGCAGUUUCAAUUGUCUGGUUAAGGUUGUGGAAUUUAUUUUUAUGUGUUCAUAAAUAUUUAAGUGUUGGUAGUGGGGUGUAUUCAGUUGCAUUCAUUGAGGAAGUAUGGAGAAAGUAUUUUAAAGAUAAUUACUGUUGUCUUACGUUCUAAUUGAAAAACUGUCGUAUUUGUCUUCCCACAUGGAUCGUGGAGGAUCGCCUUUCACGCCAAAAUCUUUGUUGUCUCCAAGAAUACCUCGAACUGCAGCAUCAAGCAGGAGAUCCGGGAUUUUGCCCUCAGUAAAGAAACCAUUAGGGAGAUUCAGCCUGUCAGGUCGAUCGAACCAGUCGGUGCAGGUUGUAUUCAAGACUGCAUAUCACAUUGUAGAGAGCUUUGGUUCUCAGCUUCCUGUGUUGGUUACCGAAGCGCUAACAUUUUCAGACCGCAGCACUGCUGUUAGUGUCCACAUAUCAGUUGAUGGUUGGGCUUGGUUUGUUUGUGGACGACGACUUCUUAUCUGGCAGUACAAGCAAGCACUGGAUGCUGGGAAGCAGCGACGUGUUCUGAGCAGCCAGUGUCAAGAACUAACCCUGCCACCAAGUGAUCUUGCUCACAAGGCUGAUUUGGUUUCUGUGUACAUUGCUGAAGGUAGCCAAGUGCCAUCAUGCAUCGCUGUUUCGCCUGAAGGGACUGUGCGGUACUGGCCAAGUAUUGCACAUGAAGGAACAUCUGUAGAGGAUAAUGCAGAUCUUCAGGGUCAAGAAUGCGAUUCUCUGACGGACAUCGCUCCUGUCGGCUGUAUACUUGCAACUACCACGUCAACCAUUGUACUGGUCCAGCCUCAGAUAACUGGAGGCCGCCAUUCUAUUGUGUGUCGCACACUGAAGACACCACAAGGAUGGCUUGGUGGUAUUGGGCGCAGAAUGUCGUCGCUAAUCUUCGGAGGUUUACCAUCUUCGCAGAUUAUGGAAACUAAGCUUGUGAAAGUGGUGGCAGUGGCAGGUUCAGGAUUUGAAUCUGAUGAAUGGCGAGUGUACGUCCUGGCUGAACAGUCUCUUCAGAAGUGGAUUCUAGUCCCAGGGGAGGUUGAAAGACUCGUGUAUGAGUUUGAUGUUAAUCGAAUGGUGAGGGAGGCUUUUCACGAGACAGUUUGGGAGUCCUCUGUCGGCAGUCUGACUGAACUGCGUACUUGGUUGCUAGACAUGCAGCCUGUAGAUGGAGGACUCAUGUUGCUGGUUGCAGCUGUCAACACCCAGAUGUCUCCUCAGCUACACUAUGCACUCGGGAAACUUUCUGCUGAAAACAUGAAUCCGCCAGUGAGGUUUUCUGCAUUUUUUCCUUUGAAAAAUACUGGUUUUUAUCGAGACGAAGAUGAAGCAGAGUUGCUCUCGUACCAGUUCCUAUUGGUCGGUCCGGCUGCAUAUGUAUACAACCAGAGAGCCGUGGUUGCUGUUUCAGCAAUGGUGUUUAAUGAAGAACCAGACAACAUAGAAUUUCUGGGGCCUGGUGAUCGUGUUUUGGGUGGGGCCGUGUGUGGGAAUGUUGCUGUUUUCUUCUCAAAGGUUCAUGGUUUGGUGUCGGUGUCACCUUCUGAUUUUUCUCCGCAUGACAUGAACAGCAGUAUGAGUUUCAGUGAGGCCCCUGGAGCAAUGGAUGUGACAGGUUCCCAGUUUUCAGAAGAUGUUAACAUAUCUGUGACAGACGUGGAACUGGAAGAGUUGACCAUCAAUAAAGACGGCACAGCGCAGAUGAAGGCAGCGUUCAUCUACUAUAUAAAAAAGAAUUUGACUCAGAGCGAAGCGAUUGUGAGCGAAAUGUUUCCGCCUGAAGAAGAGCCUGUUAUUGAUAUUGACGCUGCUCUUGACACGAUUGCUGUGAAAGUGAGCGAGGAUCUUGUGAAUGAUAUUCCUUCUGGUGAUCCACGUUGGGCAGAGAUGAAGGCACCUGGUGUCAGUAUCAAGAGCUCGUCAUCUCUGCACAUUCUUCACCAACUCGAAGACAAACAGAAAGCCCUGGAACUUUAUAUUUCCUUUUUAAAAGACCUCAAAUUGUGGAACAGAUUUUCUGCAGUAACAUCCCGUGGGGUAGUCAUGGCAACAUCCUAUGUGUUAGCGGAGCAUGCUGAGAAACUGGUAGCCAUUAUGACGCUAAGACAACUUCAGGCUAAUCAUAGUACUGUCAUUGACACUGCCAUCAAAUACGUUGUGGCUGAGAGGCCUCUGUGGGGACUUACAUGUCAGGACCUGUUCUUCAGAGAGGUUACUGAAGUUCACCAUAUCAUCCAAGUAUUAUCCAAACGGCCACAGGAAGUGGCAAACGUGAUAGCUGAAACUAACACAGUUAUUCUGGCUGUUCUUCAAGAAGUUAUUCAGUUCCGCCAAAAGAAGGCAGAUGUCUUCUGCCCAAAUUCACCGGGCAGUGCCGGUAUCGGAGAAUAUCUUCCCUGGACGGCCGCUUCAGGGAAGGGAGGCCUAAGAGAGUCAUUGCUGCUGCAGCAAAACGUAACUUUAAAGUACGGAGCUCAUUCAACAAGUGACAGUACGCUCAAGAAUCAGCUAUGUGACCAAUUGCUACAUCUCAUAGACAUCAUCUUGGAUGGGCGGAAGUGUUAUUUGGAGAGUGUUCGUGGGACAGAAAAGUUUGAUGUUUUGUUGCAGCAGUAUGAGACAGAGAGACAUGCCAUCAUUCAGCAGUUCUUGGAGGAUGAGGAGUUUGAAAGAGCUGCCAUUUUAGCAGAGAAAUAUUGUGAUUUCCAAAUCCUGAUUCAGAUAUGUGAAUUGACUAGCAACUGGGAGAGACUGGAUCAGUACAUGGAAAAGUUUUCAGAGCAAGACUUCUCACAGUUCCUGUUUGGUUGGUAUAUUCGAGAACAAAAGCAAGGCAAACUGUUGGAGCAGUUCCGUAACAUCAAGAAGUCCAGAGCCCAGCAGCAUGCUUUGUCUCAGUUCCUCGUGGAUCAUCCAUCACUCUCCUGGCUGCAGGAUAUCUUCAGUGGGGAUUACAAGCAGGCAGGCAGCACUUUGAGGAGCUUAGCCAAGGAGGAAAGCGAACUGUUGCAGAGGAAGAAGUCAAUACUUUCCCUGGCCAAGCUGGCUCUGUUGGCUUCUGACGAACAACGCGACAAAGUGGAAGAUCAAGUUCAGAGUCUGAACGCGGAUCUGGACCUGGUGUCAUACCAGGAGGAGCUCCCGGAGGUCGUUCUCUCUUCGUAUGGCUAUGACGUCGAGAGGCUACGAGUGCUGACUCCCACAGAACUUGUUAAGCUGUAUGUUUGUGAUGAAAAUUCCACAGCCACUGAGUAUGAUUUCAAGAAGGCUCUUGAGCUCCUUGCUUUUAUUGAAGAUGAAUUUGAAAGAAGUGAAUUAAGGCAUAAAGUCUGGUGCCAGGCAGUUCUGAGAGAUAAUUGGACUGAUGCAAAUUCUAAUUCUCCUCUUGAAGUUAUCCAGGGGAUGACCUUCUUCAGACUUGCAGAUCUCAUGGCUUUCAUGGGCUGUAGUCCUGAUGAAGUGCUACCCCCUCUGGAGAGGAUGUUAGAAGCUCAGGAGCUAGGAAGCUUGAAAGAUAACAGUAGCUUCCAGUACCUCCUGAAAGUGGGGUAUGAACAUGUGCGCAGAACACUGCAUACAGACCCAUAACGGUACAGAUCCAGUUCUUCCUUGUGCAACAAGUCAAGUCACUCACGCGCAAGCCAAUGCAAUGAGCACCGUCAGCUGAGAAGACAAUUAGUGACUGUCAUAAACAAAAGACAUAAUUUUGAUUCAUAGUUUUGUGUAACAAUAAUGCAGAGGUUAUAUGUAAGGUUGUAAGGAGGCAUGUUCUAAAUGCUGUUCAGUAAGAAAGAAUAAAAACACACAAUAGUAACUACCUCAUCCAUAAUUUGAGAAAGGAGCCUCUCUAAUAACAUUUUGAUAGUUGAAGGUUUUAAGGAUCAAUAAAUAUGUGGUACUUAUCA